UGGCCGGUGGAGGUCACUGUCAGCCAGGCUCAGCCCUCCUGCUCACCGAAAGUGAACCAUAAACAGCCUGAUGAAUAAAAUCCAUCAGUGUACCACGUCUUACGCUCACCGCAUUUCCUGGUUAGUAGGGCAGGUAAAUGAACGGAAUCAGGCUCAACACACGUUCAUGUAAUAAGUGGAUAUUUGACAGUGCAUUUUCCCGUUUCCUCUCGGAGGUCUGGUAACCCAGACCAAAGGCUCAGCUCCUCAGUAGGGGCAGCUCCUGCUGCCGGUUAGCCAGAUGAUCCCGGUAAACAGCUCCUGACAGGCUACUGUAGGUGUCUGCCACUGCUAUGCCAAAGCCUGGAUGACCCAAGGGACUCAUUGUUAACAGAAUCCUGAUCUGCUGCUCCUUAUGGCUGUAUAUGAUGAGAACAUCCUGAAAAAUCCUUUCUACUUGGCAUUAGAGAAGCAGAGACCGGACCUCUGUAGCCGAGUGGCUGAGCUCCACGGCAUUGUUUUGGUGCCUUGUUGUGGAAGUUUGACCGUCAGCAGCUACUCAGACUCUCACUUUGACAGCUAUGUCCUGCAAGCUGUGGACAAUGGAUACCAAAGUGCGGAUGGCAAGGAGGUCAGGAUCCAGGACAGGCAGGUGCAGCUGGGAUUUGGUUCCCCAAGUCCAGUGUCUGUCCCCAUCCUGUUUGAGGAAACUUUCUACAAUGACCAAGAGCAGAGCUACAGCAUCCUGUGCAUCUCCAGGCCCAUGGAGGUGGAUCCGAGCCCGGCCGAGGUCAGCUCGCCUCCCCCCUACUGCCUGAAAAGCCUGGAGGAUGUCAGGGAGUUCCUGGGCCGCCACGCACAGAAACUGGACAAGUUCAUCCAGAGCUUCUGUCAGGCCUUCAAAGAGCAAGAGAGGAAGGGACUCCGACACCACAUAGAUUCAGUCAACAGUCUAUACACUAAAUGUCUUCAGUGUUUGCUCAGAGACUCUCGCUUGAAACUUCUGGCUAAGCAGGAGCUUCAGAUGACUCUUCUCAAACAGGCGGUGGAGAUGUAUGUUCAUCAUGGCAUCCAUGAUUUAAUCUUUAACUUUGUGGGAACGCUUGAAGCUAGCCAGGAUGCUGCCUUCAACAAAACUACCAGGAGUCUACAGGAGCUGCAGCAGAAGGACCUGGGAGUCAAACCAGAGUUCUGUAUAAACUUGUCACGGGCAAAGCGAGACCUGAGUCAGCUCAACCAGCAGACAUCGCCCCUCCUCAAACUGCUGUGCCUGCGCAGAGUCGCCCUGACUGCCACCCAGACCCCCAGACGCACUGUCAGUAUAGAAGCUGUGAGUGCGGAUGACCUCCUCUCUGUUGUCCUCUAUCUGCUGGUGAAGACAGAAAUCCCCAACUGGAUGGCCAACCUGAGCUACAUCAGGAACUUCUGCUUCAGCCACUCCAGUAAAGAUGAACUCAGCUACUGUCUGAGCACGUUCGAGGCUGCAGUGAAGUACAUCAACCUGGGAAAGCUUCAGGACACACACUCUGGCUCAGGUGAGCUUAAUGACAAGGCUCUGUUCAAGGAGAGGAUGAGUCUGCUAUGUCAGAGUGCUGCCACGCCCAUCCACUGUCUGUUUGAGCACAUAGCAAAUGGAAAUGAAACAGAAGUGGAACGUCUGCUGAGUGAAGGAGAGGGUGACGAGGACGUCAGGAUGUGUCAUCCCCUCUGCUCCUGUGACCUCUGUGACCUCCAGCUGUCAGGGCGGUUGAAUGAUCCGUCCAUCAUCACGCCGUUCUCCAGAGAUGACCGAGGUUACACACCUUUGCACGUCGCUGCUAUCUGUGGUCAAGCCCAGCUGAUUGACAUAUUGGUACAUAAAGGAGCUCCAGUCAAUGCCACGGACUACCAUGCACUAACACCACUGCACCUAGCCUGUCAGCGUGGAUACCAGGGAGUCACGCUGCUGCUGCUGCACUACAAGGCAAACGCAGACGCUCAGGACAACAACAGCAAUACUCCUCUGCACUUCGCCUGCAUGUACGGACACGAGGAUUGUGUGAAGGCCUUGGUGUACUACGAUGUCCAAACAUGUCAUCUGGACCUUCAGAAUGAUAAAGGUGACACAGCUCUGCACAUGGCGGCCCGCUGGGGUUAUGAGGGAAUCAUCCAGGUGCUGCUGGAGAACGGAGCCAGCACCCACAUCCUGAACAAGAGCAAAGAGUCACCGCUGCAGUGUGCACUCAACUCCAAGAUCAUCAUGUUGUUGCACUCAACCCAGAACGGACGUCAGCGCAGCGGCAGUGGAGUUGAUUCUCCCAAUCGAUCCCCUUUGGCCUCAGACUGCAGCAGCCGUCGCUCCUCUGUGUCCAGCACAUCCUCUCUGGGCUCAGAGGCCAAACCAGAAGGAGAUCGAGUUCGACACAGAGAGGUGGAGAAGCUGCUGCGUGCCGUGGCAGAUGAUGAUGUGGAGAUGGUGCGCUACCUGCUGGAGUGGAUGGAUGAAGAUGAGGAGGAUGAAGGAGACAUUCGUUCUGAAGCUCUGCUCUGCCACCCACUGUGUCAGUGUCCGGACUGCGCUCCCACUCAGAAGCUGUCCGUGCUGCAGGCCGGAGUUCUUGGCGUCAACAGCUGCAACGUUGACGGUUUCACACCGCUUCACGUUGCAGCUCUGCACGGCCACGCAUCGCUGGCUGCUCUGUUGAUCCGCCACGGGGCCAGCGUCAAUGCACGGACCAACCAGAGCGCCACGCCGCUUCACCUGGCCAGCCAGAACAGCCACAUCCAGGUGGUGAGGUUUCUGCUGGAGUGCAAUGCCAAACUGAAUAAGAAGGAUCACUAUGGCAACACACCUCUGAUCCACGCCUGUCUCCGUGGAAACCUAGAAACCGCCACCACCCUGUUACAGAGUAAUGCGCUGGUGAACAUUGCCAACCUUCAGGGGAACACGGCUCUCCAUGAGGCGGUGCGGGGGGGACACCAACCACUGGUGGAGCUGCUGCUGAGGGGUGGAGCCUCACCCGGCCUCAGGAACAAGAGGCAGAGAACACCACUAGACUGCGCCUAUGAACUGGGCGGCAAGAACCAUGAAAUCCUGAGAGCUUUACAGAAAGCAUCUGGACUUUCCCCUGAUGCUGAACCAAUAAAACUCCUCUCUGUGCCCAAAGGAGCCCUGGCUCACUCAUUCGUACAGCGCCUGAGGCUCCAGGAUAACUCCAAUGGCAGGAAACAGAAACUGGCUGAGUCCAUGAGCAGGAUCCAGCAAAUGAAGAGAGGCUCCUCUGGUCCGUCCUCCAGGUGUUCACCAACCCCAAACCAGAUGAAUCCAGACAGGAGGAGGUUGAGGCGGGGGGAGACCGUGGAGGUCAGCAGCCCCUCAGGAAGCCUCGAUGCUGGGCCCCGUCAGAAGGAGCGGCCCCUGGUUCGCUGUCACACCCUGGACUCUGGAGUGCCCACACCAGAGCCACCAGAGUCUCCACAUGUUCCAAACACGACUGAAUGCAGUUUAGAAGGUCAUGAUCAGGCAAACCACAUACACACUCCCAGUACUAGUGAAGGUGUUCUGCCAGCAGGUGUCCAGACAUCCAGAGAUGCAGACUGUACUGAAGCCGACACUAGUGAACAGUAUUCCACUGAUGUCUCUAACUGCAGCACGGGUAGUGAGAGUUCGCCCCACCCGCCCUCUGAUGCAUUGUCACAAGCCAACAACUCAACUGACUUAUCUUCUACACACAUCCCGACCACUCGCUCUGCUCCUCAUCACCCCGAUGGGCUGUCUCACACCCACCAGCCUGCAAACAGAGAAUCAGAGGAGUCCCCUGACAGCCAUGCUCAGUCUCUCACUGCAACUGAGGCCUUGCAGUCAGAAAGUGAGAAUGAAGACUCAAACACCACUGAGCUGCACUCCAUCAUCCAGACUGACGGAGGCGAUUGGAGAAAUGGCAACCAAACAGCCGAGACAAGUGCACAGUCAAAUCAGGGAAGCUAUGACUGAGAAAAUGUUGUGGGGCAGCUGUUAGAAGAGAAGUGAAUAAGAGAAAUCAUUUUCUGGUAAAUCAACUGCUCACUGUAAGACAUUAGAAAAACUAAAUGUUUGCCAAAAAGAAAGCACAUAAUUUGAGAUCAGAUGUGACUCAUCAUCUGAAUUGAUUCAUACUGGGUCUGUGUCCUCUAACAGAAACCAAAAUCUAAUUACUGGGGCUAAUUCUCCCAACUUGCAAAACAAGAUAUUUUCUUACUUGUCACUGCAGAGCUUCUGGUUUUAUUUGUCCAGGUUUUGACCUAACUCACUUCUGGGUGUCUGCUUCCUUAUUAGUUGUGAAGGUAGUGGUAGCUUGUCUAUUUAAAAUCAGUUCUGGUCACUCCAGGGGCUGGAGUAGGAUUGUUGUAUUGGCCUUGUUGUUUUACAUACCAGUAAAGUCAUCAUGUCCAAUUUGUGAGUUUGAGUGCCAGGCCCAAAAAUACUGCAGAGAGGUUUGUAUUACUGUGGUGAGAUUAUUCAAACUCAGAGCUACACUUACUUCAUCCUCCAUUUCCACAACAGUAAUAUAAACAGUGGAGUGACAGUGUUUAUUCUUCCAAAUACAAAAGUCUGCUUUCACCGGUAAACGGCCUUCCUUGCAGCUCUGCUUUUCCAGCUGACAUAGACGAGCAGCUGCAGUUUUUUAUUUGCUGAUGAUCUACAAACUUCACCCACGAGACAUUUUCACAGUUACUGUUUCCUUGGUAGAAAGUAGUUUCAAAAGACAUUGUUCACCGUGGGAACCAGAUUAUCCAACCAAGGAGACAACAGUCCUACUGAAGAGUUCUGUUGUAGACUUGUUUUAAAUAAUCACAUCCAGUGCACUGAAGUCGAGGCAGGGAUCAUCUCAAAACCUUCACAAAUGAUAUCCAAGCUAUCAGCAUCGCUAAGUGAUCAAAUGCUUUUGUAAUUUAAACAAGACGUACUCUUUAAAGUUACAAUGAAAUUCCUGGUGAUCUUAAAUAAACCAUAAAAUGAAAAAGCUCAAAAAUAUUGUCAGAUUUGGGUAUGCAACCGAUGCGUUUGAAGCACAUUCUUCUUCUAGCCUUCACAACCGAAAAAAAAGGAUGCUAAGUGACGUUUUCAUUUCACUCUGUACAGAUGUCUUUGCUUCAGUUUUGUUUUAAGCCACUAGACUGCAGCUCUGACACUGGAGCAUCAGACUACAUUUGAAGAACAGGUUGUUACUGUUUUAUUUUACUUGAAUACUAGACGCUAGCUUGAUUUUGGUGUUAAAAAUUGAUUUACACUUCGGCUGGUUCUCUUGUAUUCUGUAUGUCACUCCAUACCACUCCCCCUAUUGUACUUUGAUUUAAUUUAUGACCUAUGAUGGUAGCGAGCACUUUGUUCAGAGAGGUUCAGCUUCUCCUAAAUGUUAGAAUGUUUUUUUCUGCACAAAUGUAGAGUGAGUUAAUUGACCUGCUGACUCUGCAUGCUUGAGCCAAUUAAUUAGAAAUGUUAGAUUGUACUUCACUGCCAAUUGUUUCCCAAAAAAUACCUAAAGGUAACUGAUGGGUUUCCUUCCUUUCAGCUAUAGAUUUUAGUUGAUUUUGAUGAAAAUAAAUCUGCAGAGACUCUGAAAAUCACACUCAAUAUUUCAUGCCAUGUUUAUUAGCUAUAUUAUCAGCAGCAGCAGCAGCACCAAUAACAUAAAGGUUGUACAAUGUAUGAGACCAUGCAGCACAUAUAGGUACAGAUAUACUGCCCUCAAAGUCAUUUUUGUUGGAUUCAAGAACACUGACAAAUGGUAACAUGCCAGAAAGUAUGAUUGUGUUAAAAACAUCAGAAAUCAGACAUGUCAGACAUUAUCCAGACAAAUUGUAUGAGAGCGUUAACGUGGUUGUAUUUGCCUCAGUAACUGCUCUGUCCAACUCACUGAAUGCACCAGCAGGGAGAUGCUUAAAGAGAGACUCCAUUUAAACUCUUAGUGCCUUUUAAGGCAACAAUAAUUUAACAAAACUCUAUUGUAAAUAUCAUCUUGUGUCUUCAUCAUAAGGUCUUAGUAUUUUAAAUUCUCCCGCCCAAAUACAUGAUUCCAAUAAACAGUUGUUAAAACUAGAGGUGAAACUGUUAGUUGAUUACUUAGUUAAUUGAUAAGCAUAAAAUUGCAACUACUGACCAUCAGCCAGUUGUUUAAUUCACUUGUCAAAGAGCAUUACGUUAUUUUUAUUUCAAUGUAAAAUUAAUAUUUGGGUUUUUGGUGACCUGGAGAUGUCACAUUUGGUGUACUGUGAAAAGUAAAUACUAUAUUCUGUAUGAACAAAAAAGUGUUUCUAAUCCAACACAGUGCCGUUAAAAAGUUCAGGGUCACUUAGAAAUGUCCUUAUAAGAUAACAUUUUUUUUGUUAUUUUAAGUUAUAUUUUUGGCCUUUUGUUGGUUUUAUUCAAUCGGUAAGUAGAGAGGCAGACAGGAAGUCCGGGAGACGAAUGGGUCUAAGACCUGCAGUAAAGGGCUGUGAGCUGGAAUUGAACCCAGCAAACUACAGCCACUGCUCAUGGACUGCCCGCUCAACUUGUUGAACUGUCUGGGCGCCCAAAGAUAGCAUUUAAUGAAUCAAAAAUACAGUCUAGACACUGUUUGUCUGGUAAAUGACUAUUCUAUCUGGUAUUAGCUGAUUUCUAAUGGAAUACACAUUGGGGUACAGAGGCCCAUUUCCAGCAACCAUCACUCCUGUGUCUUAAUGGUAUUGGAAGGCUAAUUACUGGUUAGAAAACCCUGGUGCAAUUAUGUUAGCACAUGAAUUAGAGUGUGAGUUUUCAUGGAAUUAUGAAAUUUUCUGGGUGACCCCAAGCAUUUAAAUGGUAGUGUGUAAUUGUCAAAUUCAUUGAAUUUCUUCUCCUAGUCUGCUCACUGUCUAUUGUGUGUAUGCAGGUGUUUGUACACAGCGCUGGAUCUGUAAAUGGGAAACAAAGUGAUUCAGAUGAAUCCACACUUAACUAUCCUAGCGUGUCCUGUGCACGUUGGACAGCUGGACAGGAGGCAAUAGGAGCAACAGAGAUGGUCAUUCUAGCUAUCUAAAUAUGCUAACUAGCGAAACAUACAGUCACAGCCGUCACCUCUUAAAUACAAGUGAGAGAAAAAUUGAUUAUUAAAAUCAGUCUUUCAGCACUAAAAUGAGUAAUGUUUGCUUUAGUACAUAAAGUAAAUGAGCUAUAUACAACAUGCGAAACUUUUAGUUUGAAACAUUAACACUAGAAAAUGUCUAAUGUCCUUUAAGAGAGCUACAUGUCAACAUAAUGGCACAGCUGCAGUACUGUAUAAUCAUCACCAUAAGUGUUACUUUUCCCAAUAAUGCCACGUUCAGACUUCACCUAGUUCACUUGUUACAAACUGUUUGAUCACGGUCAGUUUCAAAUGAAGUUGUAACAGAUCUUGAUAUGUCUGUUGAUCAGCUGUUUGUGUCCUCAGUACUCUCCUUCUGUGUGUCUGCUGUCUUUAGCCCAUCACAUACAGAAACAGCUUUUUUUUUAAUGGUGUCUAAUCUAAACUGAAUGGAUGUCAAAAUCUACCAGAGAUUAGGUCUUAAGUAUUUUUGUACCACUGUUUUUACUUUUAGUUUUGAAUGUUUAAAGAUGAUUUGAAUGUGCCUUAUUUAAUUUACACCCAAAUAACUGAUAAUAAACCUAUGAUUUAGACAAAAUGAA